GUUUGGGUUAACGGAUCCUUCCUAUUACUAUUAUCUCAAUCAAAGUGGAACUUACUCUGUUGAUGGUACAGAUGAUGUGAAAGAAUAUGAAGAAACUAGAAAAGCUAUGGAUGUUAUUGGUAUUAGCGAUGAGAAUCAAGCUGACUGUUUGGCUCUUGUUGCUGGUGUACUGCAUUURGGAAACAUUGGUUUUAGUGAAGAUGGAAAUUAUGCCACUCCUGCUGAUGAGGAAUUUCUACAAUAUCCUGGAUAUUUAUUUGAAGUUCAGCCAAAGCUACUGAAAGAAAAAUUAACCAGUCGUAUAAUGGACAGUAAGUGGGGUGGCAAGUCUGAAGUAAUAAACAUGAAGCUGAAUGUUGAACAGGCCUGCUAUACMAGAGAUGCACUUGCCAAAGCUUUAUACUCUAGACUUUUUGAUUUUCUUGUCCAGUCUGUUAAUAAGGCUAUGCAGAAAGAUGUGGAAGAGUUAGCCAUUGGUGUCCUUGAUAUUUAUGGUUUUGAAAUUUUCCAGAAAAAUGGCUUUGAGCAAUUUUGUAUCAACUUUGUAAAUGAGAAACUGCAGCAAAUCUUUAUUGAGCUCACACUGAAGGCAGAACAAGAAGAAUAUGUUGAAGAAGGCAUAAGCUGGUCUCCAAUUGACUACUUCAAUAACAAGAUCGUCUGUGACUUGAUUGAAUCUAAGCGUCCACCAGGCGUGAUGUGUGUCAUGGAUGAUGUGUGUGCUACAAUGCAUGCAGUAGGAGAAGGAGCUGAUGCAACAUUGUUGGAGAAACUAAGCAAUGCUGUUGGCAGUCAUCAGCAUUUCCAACCCUGUAGUGGAGGAUUUGUUAUUCAUCAUUAUGCUGGAAAGGUUUCAUAUGAUGCUGAUGGUUUUUGUGAAAGAAAUAGAGACAUUCUGUUCAAGGAUUUGAUUGAGCUAAUGCAAGGCAGUGAGAAUCCUUUUAUUCGUGCAUUAUUCCCUGAUGAUAUCAAAAGUGACAAACGAGGCAGACCAACUACAGCUAGUGUUAAGAUCAAGUCCCAGGCAAAUACUCUCGUUGAGAAGCUGAUGAAGUGUACGCCUCAUUAUAUUCGAUGUAUCAAGCCAAAUGAAACCAAACGGGCACAUGAUUGGGAGGGUGACAGGGUGAAGCAUCAAGUUGAGUAUCUGGGAUUGAAAGAGAACAUCAGAGUUCGCCGAGCCGGUUUUGCCUACAGACGACCCUUUGACAAAUUCCUGCAGAGAUAUGCAAUAUUAACACAAGAAACAUGGCCGAAGUGGAGRGGUGAGGUACGACAAGGAAUCACUCAUUUGAUGAACGCUGUGAACAUGGAGCGYGAUCAAUGGCAGCUWGGGAAAACCAAAGUGUUUAUCAAGGCUCCAGAAUCACUCUUUUUACUGGAAGAAUUGAGAGAGCGUAAGUUUGAUGGGUAUGCAAGACGUAUCCAGAAAGCRUACAGGAUGUACAAAAAUAGGCAGUACUUCGCUGAACUCAAGCAGCAAGCCUCUGAUAUCUUGUUUAACAAGAAAGAGCGAAGGAGAGGAAGUAUUAAUCGUAACUUUGUUGGUGAUUACAUUGGUUACGACGAGAACCCUGCACUCAGAAGUCUUGUAGAGAAACGGGAGAGGAUCGAAUUUGCAGCCACCGUUAAUAAAUAUGAUCGUCGUUUUAAGCCAACAAAGCGAGAUCUUUUGUUAUCAAGCAAACACAUUUAUCUCAUUGGACGAGAGAAGGUUAAGAAGGGACCGGAAAAAGGCAGGGURUAUGAAGUUGUCAAACGAAAACUGGAUGUCAAGACAGUUGCAUCGAUAUCUCUCAGUCAUUUGCAGGAUGACUUCCUAGUUYUGCAUGUUCCUGAGUAUGACAGUGUUCUAGAGACGGUUUUUAAGACRGAGUUUUUGACGUUGUUAUCUUCAAAGUAUAAAGAUGCAACAGGGAGAGAUAUAAAAAUCGAAAUCAUGGGAAGCAUCACGUUUACAGUUAAGAAAGAAGGAUGGGGCGGUGGAGGCACCCGAGUCAUUACRUUCUCUAAGGGGGACACAGAAUUCCCUUUUUUGAAGGCCUCAGGAAAGUCUCUCARUAUUAGUAUCGCAAGUGGAUUACCAAGAGAUACAAGACCCGGAAGAAUACCAGCUAUCAGUCAUCACAGCCCAGCUAAACCAAAGCGCUCAGCUCCAUCAGGACCUCCUUCAUAUGCUCAGCCAUCACAGCGUAACCGUAGUGCAUCUAACGCCUUCAGAAAGUCUGGRCGACAGCCACAUUUACCCACGUCUGGAGCACAACACUUGGCUAAAGCUGGUCAACCACAAGUUGAUGCUCACGCAGCUUUCAUGCAGACACCUGAUUCAGGAGUGUGUGGAUUUAACCGCGCCAACCCAGGCCUUGGAAAAGUACCUCGAAUUCCGAAUCGUGGUUGUGUAAGUUACUCAGCUGGGAGCGGGAAAGCUGUUGAGAAGGUUAAAAUACGAGCCAAGUCRGUAUCAUUUGGUGAAGGGGACCAGUUGCAAAAAGAUCGGUCACAAAGGCAUUUUGAAGCCGUUCGAGCUACGUUACCUCAAGGACAAGAGAACUACGGCACUUUACAAAGAAAGCAAAAAAAGAAMUACGAAGAGCCUGAGUAUGCUGAAAUCCAUACGAUUUCUGCUGAAAAACGACCAGGUCACCUAAGGUUCACCGAGUACAAGUCCAUUCCGGCUGUUCAACAACGUUCAGUAGCUUACGAAAUGUGCAGUACGGACUUUGGAAUGUCUACCUUAAGAAAGAACAAGUCGACUCCUGACAUCGCCUUACAACCACCAGCCGGCCUAAUGUACUUUUCGAGAGAACAAAACGUCGCAGACCAUGCAUUGUUGCCACGACAUGAACAUAUGGCAACAUUAAGAAAWGCAAAAUCAAAUCCAGCAGUCGCACCAGCAGAACAAGGCAUUGCUUUAAGACCAGAUGGGUUACCGUACAGAGCCKCACAGAUAUCAUGCAACAGCUCUGAUGUUGACAACUCUGUCUAUAGAUCURCAACAAGAGGGUUUGAACAAAAAUCUGAUCUUUCUCCCCCCUGCUGUACCACAGACACAUUGGACCGCAGACAGAMGAAACAUCGYCCUCGCCGCCCUGCAACAGCUCAUGAAUGCAAUAUAGAUGAUUUCUAUGAACAACAUGAUACAUUUGCUGUGGAAAGAAAUAGGAAAGCCAAUGCAGAUUAUUUCAAUGCAGUGCAUAAASAAAGUGCUAAUGUGGGACAAUCGUCUAUUCCUCUUGGAUAUCGAACUGCUAGCUAUCGCAUUGCUGUGACAAGUCCAAGACACAGUAAAUUGCUGGGCGCUUUAACAAAUGUUCGAUAUGACGACAUAACUGAGUCGGACCCGCAAAUUGCCAAUCAAAGCAAAAAUCUGUCUUCAAUUAAAUGUGAUGUUUUAUCUAGAACACUAAGAAAGAAAACUGAUGUCCAGAAUGAUGACUAUGUUAGCAUGGAAAAUCUCACAAACUUAUUAUCGACACGAGAUAGAGCUCARCAAACCAUGGUAGGUCCUUCACUUGCUUUACCCAAUCAACGACAAGUUUAUGAUAUCUCCAAAGUACAACAAACUCGAGCAACAAAGCCAGUUCCCAUCCCUCAUUCUCAAACAGAGGCGACUGCAUUGAAGAGCAUCUUGAAGAACCGUGGAAAAUAUACAGUAAAUAACAACCCCUCAGACUCUCCCAUACCGACUAUGCGAGCCUCAGCAGUAGAAAGAAAUGGAGUUCUUUUAACUUCAUUCCCUGUCGAUGGAAACAUUKYGACAACUGUUGAAAACAGUUGCACUAAAGCUGCAUUUAAGGGMACAGUUWUUCAUCACACUGCGCAGGUCCACCGGCCAAGCCUUCCUCUCAAUCCUAUCAAUCAAUGCAUAGCUAAUUCACUAAACAGCCCAGAUUCAGAUCCCAAAAACUGGCCAGCACCACCACCACCCUUGGAAUGUGUUCUAGAUUCAGCCUCCAUUACACCUGGACAAGGCGAGGUAAAGAGUAUACCAUUUCCAACAAGACCAGCUCCACCCGUUCCCAAAAAGACAUCACCAAGAAAAGUAGCAGCUCCUCAGRAAACACACACUCAGUCUCAUUCUCAAUCGAAAACCAACAGCAAAUGCAAUGAACCGGCCAGCGGCGAGUUGCUAGAGUAUCUAAGACGAAUUGCCAAACAUGGACCCGAUAAGUCUCCUAGUAGAUGUUCUCAAGACAGUGAUGCUAUGACUCCAGAAUCAGAAACUUCUGAAUGGUCGAGGUUCACACAAAGCAACUUUUCUGAAGAUGACUACUUUAGCGAUGAUGAUGAUGAGUUUGACGAUUUCGAUGAAACUGAGUGUGAUGAUGAUGAUGAUAAUGAAAGUGUUCAAAGGGAAACGUCAAAAAAGAAAUCUAGCCGAAGGCCGCCUGCGCCGUCCAAACCCCGUUUGCCUCCAAAACCAGUCCCUAGUCUACCAAAGUGUAAAACGCUAUAUCCAUAUGACGCUGCUGAUGUUGAUGAGUUGACAUUCCAACCUGAUGAGGUCAUCGAAAUCGUUAAAGAAGAUCCCUCAGGCUGGUGGACAGGCAAGCUUCGAGGAAAGGAAGGUCUCUUUCCAUCAAACUAUAUCGAGAAGAUUUAAUCAAAAUAAUAUAAUUUUAGAAAAUAAAUGUAAUUUAGCAAGAUUUUUUUACUUGUUUUACAUUUGAACUAUGAACGGUGUGGURUUCAGCUUUAGUUUUGUCAUUGAAACGUUUUUAAUCGGUUUGUCUCUCUUUGUACUUUUGACGUCACAGCAGCCAUAUUGGUGUACACCAGACAAAAGAUUUCGUAAGCUUCUUUUGUCGUGAGUACCAGCAUGGCUGCUAAUUUUUUUUUUGUUUGUUUGUUUUUCAUUAACCAUGUAGGAUUUGUUAUCAAGUGACGGAAAACUAUGUAUAUUUACUGUCGAAUGAAUUAUUAUCUCAUUGACCUCGAGACCGAUCGAGUGGUGUAAUUGAUUUAGCAUCCACCAAACUAUACGACAAAUGUGAAAGAAGAGUAUUCAAACAAAACUUUUCUCGACAUUAUUCGCUCUCCUUAAAGCGACUUUUAUAGCCAAUCAGAAUGCUUGAUCURUGAUAGUGCGUAGUUUGGUGGAUACUAAUAUUUAUGUUUGGUUCGAGUAGAACAAGAAUGUUUCCGUGUUCAAAGAAGCCCGCUGUGAAGUGUUGCUGAAUACGAUGUCGAAUAAUAUCAUACCAUUUCUUAUUAGAAUCAAUUAUUCAGCUUUCAAAUUAAUGUAUUUAUUUAAAUCCCACACGUCAAAUUCAAUGGAAUUUUAAUUAGCAUUGCAAUAACAAGAAGAUAUGUGAACGACAGGUUACAUGAAUACUAUAUUAGAUAGAAAUAAUGUGUCAUUGGUCUUAUAAGAAAAAUGAAUAAACCCAAUCAUAUGAUGCA